AUGGGUGAGUGUAGCAGUGUAGAUAGCAAUGGAGGAGAGAAAUGGAUAGAGCAUUAUAGCAGCUCUCAAAAAAUACUGCUUGUGGGUGAGGGAGAUUUCUCUUUUGCUGUAUGCUUGGCCAAAGCAUUUGGCACUGCUGAGAACAUGAUUGCCACUUCUUUUGAUUCCAAAGAGGUGUUGAUGGAGAAAUAUUCGAAUGCCAAGAGCAAUCUGGAAGAACUGGAGGAGAGGAGAUGCACUCUUUUGCAUGAUGUGGAUGCCCAUACUAUGAACCGACACCCUCUCCUUAAUUCUAAAUUGUUCGACAUGAUUGUCUUCAAUUUCCCUCAUGCUGGUUUCCAUUAA